AUAUUCCAUGGAAGUCUAUCAAAUACUUUAACUAACUUCGCACAAAUCUAUAAAAAUGUACCAAAUCUACAAAAGUCAAUCACUUGAUAAAAUUCCUUCAAAGUCCCAAUUGAAAGAAAAUUUCCUGCCAUUUGUGUGCUUCUCUAGUGUUUGAUUUAAAGCAUCAAAGAAAAUUUCUCAACUCAUUUUGGGGUACUGAUAAAGAUAGGAUGAAGGCGAGCUUGGAAGGCGAAAAGGUGAUACUGGUACCUUACAUGAGAGAGCACGUGCCUAAAUACCAUGAUUGGAUGCAAGAUCCUGCCAUCCUCGAAGCCACAGCUUCCGAGCCCCUCACACUUGAACAAGAAUUUGACAUGCAAGUCUCCUGGACACAAGACCCCCUCAAGCGGACUUUUAUAGUACUGGACAAAGAAUUGGUUGUUGGAGACUUCAUUCCUGGAGAUCCCCAUGUUGAAGCCAUGGUUGGUGAUGUGAAUAUAUAUAUGAAUGACAUGGAUGACCCCCAAAUGGCUGAGAUUGAAAUAAUGAUUGCUGAACUAAAAAGGGGAGUUUACAUUUGCAUCCCAGUCAGGCUUUGCCAUCCUAUGAAAUUGUCUAGUUCACGAAAGCUUGUUUUAUUUGAGACUAUGGCCUGUUUGGCUGGGGUUUUGCUUAUUCUUCUUGUGGAAGAGUUUUCUAAAAAAGUUAUGUUAGGCCAACCUCCUUUGAAAGCUCUUCUAAUCAUCACAUUGACGGAGACAGUCUACUAUGUAUUGAAAUGGUAA